UGGUCCGGGGUGUAGUGGUUAACUCAUUUGCCUUGCAUGUGAAAGGUUCCCGGUUCGUUUCCGGGAGGAAACACAAACCCAGCCUCAGAGUGUUAUAAGCUAAUGUACUCUCAAGUGCUGGUCCCAGCCCAAAGGAAGGGCAUCCGCGCGUAAUAGUCAAAAUACGCGGAUCUAUUUGCUGUGGCGAUCCCUUGGGAAAUAAGCGAGCAGGCGAAAGUACCUUCUUUCUGUUGCUGUGUGUAUUUGUACGUCAUUAUAAAAACCUCAGUGGUGUCCAACUAAGCAGACUUUGCGUAGUUGACAACGCAUGCAGACAUAAAAGUAACGCUUUAUUUAGCUAUUAGCAGUUUGGUUUUGUCUUAACCAUAGACUGUCUAUAACGUGUUAAGAUGAUUUCACUGCCACAGCAGGCAGACUUAGAAAGCAGCAGCUGUUCUCAGAUGCCAGGGUAAACACUAGAUACUUGGUCCCACGAAGAUUUCUCCGGGCAGAUCGUCCCCCCCUUUGCAGUGAAAAUGCCAGCCGUGAUCCGGGAUAAAGAGGACUCUGAAUCCUCCUCAGAAGACGAGCAAGAAGACCAUCCCUGCAUCUCAUGGGGCAGCCUUAGCAAGACCAUCCCGAUUCUCCUCUUUGUCCCUGAAGCUGUUGUUUCAAAAGAUGGAAGCAUAUCUUCUGUUGGAGAACGAUAUAAUAUGGCCUUCAAGAUCGUGCGCACAGAGAGCCGCCUGGUACGAGAAAUACUCACCAAUCACGGAUUCCAUGAGGUUCACCCAAACAGCAAUGACUUCAACCUCAUGUGGACAGGGUCUCACCUCAAGCCUUACGUACUACGCAGCCUUCAAGACUUCCAGAAGGUCAACCACUUUCCCAGAUCGCACGAACUGACACGCAAAGACCGUCUCUAUAAAAACAUCCAGCGAAUGCAGCAGACUCAUGGCUUCAAAAACUUCCACAUUGUUCCUCAGACCUUUGUGCUUCCCGCCGAGUACCAGGAAUUCUGCAAUUGCUUUGCCAAGGACAAGGGCCCGUGGAUAAUUAAACCAGUAGCAUCUUCAAGAGGACGAGGUAUCUACUUGGUUAGCAAUCCAAAUCAGAUUUCCAUGACUGAAAACAUUUUGGUGUCUCGGUAUAUUAAUAACCCACUACUCAUCGAUGGGUUCAAGUUUGACGUUCGUUUGUACGUGUUGGUAACGUCUUACGAUCCUCUCCUCGUCUAUGUGUAUGAGGAAGGCCUGGCUAGAUUUGCCACAGUUAAGUAUGACAGGACUUCAAAGAGCAUCAAGAACACAUUCAUGCACCUCACCAACUACAGUGUGAACAAAAAGAGCAGUGAUUAUGUCAGUUGCGAUGACCCCGAAGUUGAGGAUUAUGGGAACAAAUGGAGUAUGAGUGCAGUGCUGAGGUAUUUGAAGCAGGAGGGGAAGGACACCACAUCGCUGAUGAAACAAGUUGAGGACCUCAUUGUCAAAGCUGUGCUGAGCGCUGAGCUACAGAUCGCCACCGCCUGCAAGACAUUUGUUCCUCACAAGACAAACUGCUUUGAACUGUAUGGUUUUGAUGUGCUCAUUGACUCCAACCUCAAACCCUGGUUGUUAGAGGUGAACCUUUCUCCCUCCCUAGCCUGUGAUGCUCCCUUGGAUCUAAAGAUAAAGGCCAGCAUGAUUGCAGACAUGUUUUCACUUGUGGGCUUUGUGUGUCAGGACCCCCUGUCGAGACAGCCUCGCUCUGACCAAAGAACACAGCGACAGAGGCCGACGUCAACCAACAUCUCAGAAACUGAGGGUCUUAAAGACAAGCGAGGAGCUAAGCACGGCCAAGGAGACAGCACUCUGAACCUAACUGUUGAGGAGAUCAGAGUGCUACGGAGGAUAAAGGAAGAGUAUGAAAGACGAGGAGGUUUCAUUAGGAUCUUCCCCACCACGGAUACAUGGGAGCUCUAUGGAGGAUAUCUGGAGUCCAAGACAUCAAUGAACUUCGUGUUGGCGAACAGACUUUUCCAUGGAAGGAAUGUGAACGGGAAUGUGCAGCUGCAGGUGGACGUGGUCCAUGGCUGUCACGUUGUCCAGUAUGAGAGGAAGCUGCUGUCUCUGGAGGCACGAAAGAGGAGACAGCGCCACCUGACUCAUGGCUCUGCAGCAAGGAAGAAAAAAUCGGGGAAGGAAUCCAAGGCCUCCCUGACUGAGAACAGCAGUCAGGAGGGAGAGGAGUGUGCUCAGGAGGAGGUGAAACAAGUUCUUGAGCCAGUCUCACACAAGGCUUUGGUAGCAGAGCAAAGAAAACAAGUGGCCACACCACUGGAGCAAUGCCACAGUAAGGCUCAGUCCAGCUCAGAGGCAGCCGUGCACAAUGCCAGCCCUACAGUCAACCUGCUCAACAUCCUUCAACAGGGCUGGGAACUCAGCAAAGUGCAGGCUCGCAUUGCUUUUUCCUCAUACCUGCAGCGAGUCCAGCAAAGACUGUUAGCAGAAAGCAGAGACAACACCAUCUCAGCUUGGCCCGACAAUGACAACGAUCAAAUGGAGCUGGUGAUUCGCUUUCUGAGAAGAGCAGCCAGUAACCUUCAACAAGACAUAAAGGUAGUCUUGCCCAGUCGACAGUUACCAAACCAAGACCGCAGACGCAUCCUGUCCCAUCAGUUAGGGGAGUUUAUCCACUGUUACAACAAGGAAACUGAACAUAUGGUGAAAAAGCAGGAGAUCAGUAAGGAGGAGCAUUGUGUUAAUCCUAAAGUGUUUCAAGAGUACAUCAGUGCAGCCAGUGAAAACGACCUGGAGGAAGUACUGACAUUCUACACACAGAAAAAUAAAUCGGCCACCGUCUUCCUAGGAACAAAAGUCAGAGGCAUUAAGAAAGAUGUUCGUGAAGUAAAUGCCUCAAGAGAUUCAGGAAACUGUGAUAAUUCUAAAUCUUUGGCCAUGGAAGCGGAUUCAGAGUUGUCGCUCCUAACAGGGAAAGUCAGCUCCGACUCAGACAUUAAGGCCACUGAUGGUCAGCCUGCUUUUUGUAUGCUGCCUGAAGACAUACAGGCUGAGGUAAGAAUGGUUAAAACCCAGCCAGAAAUCCAGUCGUCUCAACACCGCUCCAGUUUUCCUGUGACCUUAGACUGCACGCACAAUCAUCUGCAGCACUGCUCUCCUGCAUCCCUGCCUCUUCACUGUCCACCGCCGCCUCCACCUCCUCAGCCACCAUCUUAUGCACAGUCCUUGGCAAAGUCUCACCUCUGCCAUUCUGAGAGUCUUUCUGACCCUCCCGCAUACACCUCUGCCCAUGUGGUCACGCAACCUCCAAGGGUCAUGUGGACGGCUGCGCCCACGGGCUCAAACGCGGCGACUACAGGGCCAUCGACGCAGGUGCUCAGAAGAAUUCAGUCCUUUACCUCAUCCAUGGCUGGCUCUGCAGCGGCCUCGUCCGUCCCAAGUGCCACACACAUCUAUAGCCAGAAACUCUCUAGACCCACAUCUGCAGGCCAAGUGAUCAGGAGGAGCACUUCCAGUAAGCUCAAGUCAAACUCAGUGGGAGCUUUCAGGGAGUUGAGCACUCUGACCGCCCAGGCCCAGUCCAACCAGCAGGCCUUCAUCUCAGCCCUGCAGAAACUGGCAGACAAGCAGGUUGCUCGCCACUAUGCCAGCUCCAGUCACAUCAACCUGCUGACACAACAUUUGACCAACCUGAACCUGGCGAACAAGAUGCUGAACAGAGAGAGCUUCACACUGAACCCUAAAGCUGCUACAAUCCAAGGACCAGUGAGAGCUGUUCACCCUGAAACAGAUCUACCGAACAGCACUGGCCACAGGCCACUAAAGGAAGAGGAUUGGCAGAUGCACAAUGACUACAGCCUGGUGAGAGGGGUGACACCCAAGCAGCACUACCAGCCCACCCAAGGGAGCUACCAGCUUCAGUUUGCUAUUCAGCAGUUGCAGCAACAGAGACUUAAGGCUCAUCAUCAAUUUCUGGACCAGACCCGCUGCGGACAUCAGGCUCAAUUUCCAGACCAGACACCACAUAGCCAAGCUCUCACAAAAUCAUCCAGCUGCCCUCCUUCCAGCUUUCACACUCUGCCCAAUCAAAGCCAUGGCCUAAGCCAUAUCCAGACCUGUGUUAGCCCAGCUCUUGCUCCAAAGCCACCCAGCGGUGCCCGAGAGGGACAAGUCAGGAAAACGACUGCAAAGCGUCUCGUCAAGCAGAUGUCCUCAGAGAGUUCAGCCAGUGGAAGCGUUGCCAGCAGCAAGCAGGUGGUCUACGAGGCCAUCUGCGGUAAAACAGGUCUUUCUGCAUACCGCAAGCUGUUCCAGGAUCAGGAGCCCACUCACAGAUGACAAGAAGGCGACCAGAGGCACGUCCUGCCACUCUGCAGGCCUGACAGGUGUCUCUGCAUGUAACUGCAUCUCACAGAGGUUUAUUCUGGGACGGGACAACAGAUAAAAGUAUGCCACACAUCGAACAGGGUCCUAUUAAUUUCUCAAUGAUACAGCCACAGACAUGCAAGAGGAUAGUCUGCCAGGCCAGAAAUGCCCGGCUUUGACGCAGGUCGGGAUUUUGUUGCGCAGCUCCACCCCCUCCCCUCAUCGCCCUUGGCUACAAUCAGUCCAUAUCCCACAGUGCCCGCCCUCAUUCUCUCCAUGCUAUUGAUGCCACAGGAAGAUUUCACUGACAGAUAGCCUUCAGCAGAUGGUUCUUCAAGCCCUGUUGGUAUUUUAACUACAGGAUUCGUUGUUUUAUUCUGUACUCAGGCAGUAGCAUGUCCACCACAACCAUGCGUGCACAUUUUUCUUCUUUUCUCUUUUUCUUUUUCUUUUUAAAAAUACAGGUGAUAUGAGGGUUUUGGUAAUGAGAGACCUCUUUUAAGUUUUUGACAAGCAUUGUUGAGCCCGCAUGAGCAACUUCUCAUUUUACAGUCAUGAAUGAUAAGUGUGCAGAGAAGUUUCUUUCAUGUGUGGCUUUUCCAGCAUUAGACACUCCUGACUCCCACUCCUUGCUGGAAGCCAAACAGUUGCCAAAUCCGACUCCUCUGCCUUUACGACCCGAGGACAUGUUAAGCAUAGCACCCUUUUUCUUGUGAGCUUGAUAAUAAAACGUGAUUGUAUUAAUGUUGUUGCCUUGUUUGUAUCUACAAAGAUGACACAACAGGGAUGUUCAGGUUUUAUGUAAAGAAUGCAGUCGGCUUGUGAUUAUUCCUGUAAACUGUUGAGAUGUUGAUAUUGUUUUUCUGGAUGGACCAAAUUCAUUAUUUUGGAUUUUUUUUUUAUAAAUUUUUGUCAUUAUAUCAGUAUUUAUGUAACCUUUUUGGCCCAUUUCUGUAGAUCAAAGCAUAACAUAAAGAGGAACAGACUGAUAAUGAAUGCCGAUGCUGCACCGGGAGGCCAGCAUCCUCACAGAUAUUCUGUGGCUUGGGACCAUAUAGUGAGUUCACUCAGGGGUGUGUUUAUUUAAAAAAAAAGAAGAAGAAGAAGAAGGAGAAGAACAUGUGAGGUAAAGGUCAGCAGUAAUACCGUGUGUUUAUAAUAACUUUGUCUGAAAUACUUGAAUUUUGUGCAUGAUUUUCUCACAUCAGCUGAUGACUAUCACCUGGGUGAGUCUGCACAGAUUGUAGUUUUCAAUGCAGUACAACAGGUCAACUGUUUUAAUAUGUAACUUGACGGUGAAUGUUUUUGUAAAACGUGCUCUUUGACGUUAAAUGUCAUGUUGUGAAGUCCUAACUAUUAAAGCCAGAACUCCCAAUAGCAAGAUCCAAAUCGGUGUGUAAUGUAACGUGGUGACACAGCUUGGUUUACAACGUAAAGAAAAGAAAAAUGAGAUGAAAAACAACUCCUUUCCUCUAAGAGUAAAUAUUUAUGUUUUAUUAAUACAGUUAACAGUAAUUUGCUCAUACAGGUGUCCCCUCUUGGAUUUUCCCUUUAUAGCUAAUGUCUUUUGUAUUUAAUUCCCGUAUUAAGAAAAAUACAAAGAGGCCACUAGGAUGAGUAAAUCACUGUAUGGGAUGUGAGUUUUUGAGACAUGCUUAGAAAACAUAAACAUUUACUACAGGUUGUUUUUCUUUCUGUUUAUUUUCCAUAUGGGCUGUACCAUGUCAUAAUGUCUUUUGACUGUUUACAAUAUGCAUGGAAAUGUAGUAUUUUUGGGACCAGUUAGGCUGUUUGUAGCAAACAAAAUUGAAAUUAAUACUUGGGAAGCAUUAAAAAAUAUGAUGACUGUGA